AUGCCCCGCACCUCGUUGUUGAGCGGCAUUGUCCGCCCUCAAACUACUCGAAAGUUUCUUCCUACAUCUCCCAGACUCUUCCCGUGUUGGCAGACGACUCGGAUAGCUAACUCCCAUCGUCCCUACCUUACUUCCGCAAUACAAGCACACCAAGCUCGCAAAAUGGCUCCUCAACUCGACGGAUACUUCAAGCAGGUCGAUGCCGACGCUGACCACUUCAUCGAACGCCUCAGGAAGGCCGUUGCUAUCCCCUCGAUCUCUGCCGACGUCUCCCGCCGUCCCGAUGUCGUCAAGAUGGGCGAGUGGCUCGCCGCCGAGCUGAAGGCUCUGGGUGCUUCCGUUGAGCUUCGUCCUCUUGGCGAGCAGCCUGAUAUUCCUGGCCUCCAGCUGCCUCCUGUCGUGCUUGGUAGAUACGGAAACGACAAGAAUAAGAGAACCAUUUUGGUCUACGGCCAUUACGACGUCCAGCCCGCUGAGAAGAGCGACGGCUGGGCCACCGAGCCUUUCGAGCUCUCUGUCGAUGACAAGGGCCGUAUGUUCGGUCGUGGUGCCACUGACGACAAGGGACCCGUUCUUGGCUGGUUGAACGCCAUCGAGGCUCACCAGAAGGCCGGCAUUGACUUCCCCGUCAACCUGCUCAUGUGCUUUGAGGGUAUGGAAGAAUACGGCUCUGAGGGUCUUGAUGAUCUUAUCAACGCUGAGGCUAAGAAGUACUUUGCCGAUGCGGACGCUGUUUGCAUUUCUGACAACUACUGGCUGGGUACCGAGAAGCCCUGCCUGACUUACGGUCUUCGCGGCUGCAACUACUACUCUGUUGAGAUCUCCGGCCCUGGCGCUGAUCUUCACAGCGGUGUCUUUGGCGGCACUGCCCAGGAGCCCAUGACUGACUUGGUUCGCAUCCUCGGCUCCCUUGUCGACACCGACGGCAAGAUCCAAAUCCCCGGCAUCAGCGAGCAGGUUGCUCCUGUUACUGCUGAGGAGGAGACUUUGUACGACGGCAUUGCCUUCACCAUGGAGACCCUCCAGGAGUCCCUUGGCAGCAAGACUACCAUCUUCGAGGAGAAGAAGCCCACACUCAUGGCGAGAUGGCGCUACCCCUCUCUUUCCGUUCACGGCAUCGAAGGCGCUUUCUCUGCUCCUGGUGCGAAGACUGUCAUUCCUGCCAAGGUUACUGGCAAGUUCUCCAUCCGUACCGUGCCCAACAUGGAGAUUGAGGCCACGAACGAGGCUGUCUACAAGUACGUCAAGGAGCAGUUUGCCAAGCUCAAGAGCAAGAACACGCUCAAGGUUUGGGCUCAGCACACCGGCAAGUGGUGGGUUGCGUCGCCCAAGCACUGGAACUUCAGCGCUGCCGCCAAGGCUACUGAGCGCGUCUGGGGUGUCCAGCCCGACUUUACUCGUGAGGGUGGAAGUAUUCCUGUUACCCUGACCUUCGAGCAGGCCACGGGCAAGAACGUCCUGCUGUUGCCCAUGGGCAGCUCCACCGAUGGAGCUCACUCCAUCAACGAGAAGUUGGACAAGCGCAACUACAUUGAGGGCAUUAAGCUCUUGGGUGCCUACCUGCACUACGUUGCUGAGGAGCCCACCGCAUAA